AUGUCUCUACCGGCCCCGUCUCUAUUGGCGCAGUUGCCACGACCGCUGGUCAAUGCUGGUGGGAAAAUUCAGUUCGGAGAAGUAUAUGGCAUCCAGGGUCUGAAGAAGCGCAAGCGACAUGAAAUUAUAGCUGCCAUCGAUGGCGAGGGUGUUAAUAUAUACAAUGCUCAAUUCCCGAAAUUGGUGACCUCAUACGCAAUCCCACCUCAGGCAUCACAUUCUUGCCCACCAUGCUCUAUAAGACAAAAGCUCCCAGGAAACUCAGGGGCAAAGAGACAGACAUACUGCGCAGUGGAAACCUCCGGAAAGGAAAUCAAAUGUUUUACGGACGAGGUGGUUUCAGGCAGAAACACGCCAAACAUAUCUACAAGCUCUUUCCCUAUCAAGGACACUGCCAGCAGACCUAUCUUUAUAGGCACCAUUCCUACACAUAAGCCAUCCGAGGAGUGCUUUGAUACCUUUGAUGUCCUUGUUGCACAUCAGGAUGGCCGGCUAAGAAGGCUUUCUCCUGACUUAAAAACGGAAAGAUGGACCAUUCGCUCGGAAAAUACUUGGUCAUCCCGCGAGCUUGCCGCAUGUUUUACUGUGAGCUUUGAAGACGCACGAAAAUUUCUUUUCCGCAAGCGCGAAGAUAUAGUAGCGUCUGUAUUGGGUGGUAGAUUUGGGACCGACCCUGACAAUUCCACUAUCCUAGUCUUGGUGGCUCAUACCACGACCGACACUUUUCAACUCAACGACGUGCAGGUUAUGUUCUACUCUAUUUCUUCUCAGGCUCAGACCGAUAAUCUCCAACUCCAAGCUCCUGAGCUGUUGGAGCAUUUAAUGACACUGAACUUACCAGCACAUCCAAGCCAGGAUUCAUUGACUGCCCAUGACUGCCAGUGGAGUGCUAACUUUGUUCCUGGGGAGCUGUCUCUCUCUUCCAAUUUCGGAUUCAUAAGCUUUGAUAUAACUCAGUUUUCCCCCAAAGUGUCUUCCUGUGUCAUGAUAGAGGGCGAGGCAUUUUCCUCGGUCAUGCGGAUAUCCUCCCAGUCUAUCAUUACUGGAGGUAAAUCUACACUAUCUGUAUAUGAUACACAUUAUCAAUCACUCCAGGCAGCACUUCCAUUGACCGAGGUUUCCAAGUCCACAUCGAGUAAGAAGCAAGAUGUUACGAGUUCGCUUGAAUUUAUAUCCCACUUCUCUAAACUUAAUGUCCUGGUGGCGGCAUACGGUGGUAGCCUCUACAGCUUUGAUCUCGCUUCUAUCCAUAAUGAACGCUCUAAAAAACGGCCGAGAAAAAGUCUCUUGAUUGAUUCGGUAGGAAAAGGAAUUAUGUCAGGGGCUAGUGAAACCAAGAGACUGUCCAUCAAAUGGCCAACGGUGGAAGAUGUCCAACCUGCUAAGCUUUCGGAAGACCAGCUUGCUCAACACUGGAGUGACCUAAAGAAGGAACUUGCCUCCGCAACAAGUACAUCCACGUUUGAUGCCGUUAUGAGAGCAAAAUUCUGGGAUACCCCAGGGUCUUGCAAAGAGAGGGGCGAAAUUUUCCCACUAGAUGGUGCUUUUAUUGAUCCAGAGAAGAUAAAAUUCCUACUAGCGAGAAUGUUUAGGGUCAAGGUAUUUAUCGACAAGGCAACUAACAACUCAGCAUCGGUCAAACUUAUCGCAUCACUGAUUCCUCCAAUAACGUUCAAGUGGCUUGUCAAUUCGAAACAUCUCAAUGCCGCCAAUAUCGAGGCUGCCCUGCGGUGUACCAAUGACCCUCACAAUCUAUCCAAACUCCCAACCGGCGCUUUAGUUAAGGCUUUGGCUUCUUACGACCCAUCUAUGAAGAUAUUAUUGAUCUUGUUGCGCGGCCCUGGGUAUCUAGAGGUGACCGAACUGGCCCACGCUCUCCGUGCACUACUCGAGGUUGCUCGUCGGCAAUCAAAUGUCUCUGACACUUCUCAAAAGUCAAUUACGGAAGCUGCGCAUACUGAAACCACGGACAAUGCACACAAUGCCUCAGGAGACAAGCAAGUAACAACUCCAAGCACAACACUUGUGAAUGCAAUCACAGGUUUGAAUUUGGCCCUAAACAAGUUGCACUCGCAUCCAUUGAACUGUGUUACCAAAUCCAUCCGAGACAUACUGUCAAAUACUGACGUUCUUUCCAUCAUCCAUCACCUCCGCUAUUCCCUUGCUACCGGUGGCCACACCUCCCGCUUUACGGAAGAACCUCCGGCUGCUUUCUCUAACUCCAAAUUUCCAUCUUUGUCUCUUUCAGUAAUUGUUGACUUGCUUACCGCAUGUAUCGAUGCUGUUGGACCAAGUGGAUGGAUAUCAGCAGCUGGGUUUGCAGGCACAGCAGGAAGUGAGGCGUCUCUUAUUGCAGAUAUGAAGAGUGAAAUCGCCGCCACUCUUACUGCUAUCGACGAAGCUACCUAUUUGAAAGGGAUACUACGAGAAUUUAUAAGGUGCUGUGAAACCUCUGCCCAGCAUUUGGCCACCGCAUCUAAGUCUCAGCGUGCCAAUACCGACGGUACAUCAACCAAGGCACAGAAUGCAAAGCUCAGGCGAAAAGAGUAUCAUCACGGAGCUCGUAUCCUGGUUUACAAUGUCCCUGAGGAUUCGGCAGGGCUGGAAGGUGGUGACUCAAAGAUGCUGCCACUGUCACUCAAAGUAAGCGGCGCUCAAUCUGGGGUUAACGACGAAUUGUCCAAGAAGAAAGUACACAAAUCCACAGGAGAGGUCAGAUCCAGGAGUGGGAGAGAGAUUGCUCACAACAAGCAUAAGGCUGUUGGUAAAUACUCGUUUGAAAGGAUUGUUAUUUAG